AUGCAGCAAGCACUGAUCACUGUGUCAGGGGUUGCACUCACGACCGACAAUGCCAAAAUCCACAGUGCACUUGGAAUUAUUGUACUAUUCUGUUUUUUUGCAUACAUCGGUGGAGUAUGGCCAUUGACACUGACGUGCGAGUUACUAGUGAUGUGUAGGGUUGAUCGACACACAUCAGGAACAAAACGGUCCACUUACAGUUCUUUGCAUCUGCCUAGUAGUAAGGAUUACUGGUACACUACUGUGAAGCAAGGCCAAGUGAAAUUAAUGCAAGGCAAGACUAAAGAUCAGUUGUCGUCUCAUGAUCCAUCUUGGGUGCAGGACGUGGGAUACGAGUUGAGCGACGUGCCUGAGCGGGAAGCACAGGCAGUGGAGUAUCAUCAUUGGGAUCAUUGUACCAUCAGAUUUGACUGGCGUCGAGGAGAGUUCCAUCUGCACCCAGACCACAUUGCUACCCUAGAAAAAAAACGACCCGUUAACAAAUACAUUAGCACUAAACCAAAUUAA